AUGGGGUACCUUAAGCAGCUGGUGCUGGAGGAUUUUAAGUCAUGGCGAGGUCGCCAGCUCAUUGGGCCCUUCAAACGGUUUAACUGUGUGAUUGGCCCCAAUGGUUCAGGAAAAUCAAAUCUGAUGGAUGCGCUCAGUUUUGUAAUGGGCGAAAAGACGUCAAACCUUAGAGUUAAGAGCGUCAAGGAGCUGAUCCACGGAGCAAACAUCGGGAAGCCAGUUUCUUCCACAGCAAGCGUCCAUUUGGUUUACUGUGAGGAUGAUGGAGAAGAGAAGACGUUUUCAAGAAUCAUUGUCGGGAACUCUUCUGAAUACCGAUUUAAUGAGAGAAUAUUAAGACGAUCGGCAUACAUUUUAGAACUAGAGAAAAUUGGAAUAAUUGUUAAAGCCCGGAAUUGUUUAGUAUUUCAGGGUGAAGUUGAAUCUAUUGCAAUGAAGAAGCCGAAAGAGAGAACCUGUCUCUUUGAACAAAUAAGCAACUCGUGGGAGUUAGCCGAGGAAUAUGAGAAGAAGAAGAAACUGAUGCUGCAGGCGGAUGAAGAUGCCCAGUUUAUUUAUAAUAAGAAGAAAAAUGUUGCAGUGGAGAGGAGGCAAGCCAAGCUAGAGAAGGAAGAGGCAGAUCAUUACCAGAUGCUCAGCGAGCAGCUCAAGCAAAGUAAGACACAGCUCCAACUUUUCCAGCUGUUUCACAAUGAACGCAAAAUUGACUCCUUAGAGAAGUCCUUGGAAGAAAAAAAUAUUGAUACUAACAGCCAGAAAGAGCAGCUAUCCAUUUCUGAAUCUGCCCUCAAGAAUGAAAAAAAGGAGCUCGGGAGACUAAGCCGAAAUCUGCAACAAAUUGAAAAUGAAAUCAAAGCCAAAGAAAUAUCGCUGAAUCACUCAAGACCUCAGUAUAUUAAAGCAAAAGAGAAUACAGCCCACCACUUGAAAAAAAUUGAAACAACCCAAAAAUCUUUGAAGAACAAUGAAAAGCGCUUUGUUAAGCUGGAGCAGGACAUUGGGGAGUUGGAGGAGGAGGUGGGGGACAUUCAGAAAGCCUGGCAAGAAUUUGAAAAGAAGGUAGAAGAAGAUCUGAAGACAAGACAUGGGGAUGUUGAGCUGGUAGAAAGCCAGCUGGAUCAGUACAGACUGCUUAAGGAAGAAGCAAGGAAGAAAAGUGCAGUGUUGGGGCAACAACUAGAAAAACUCCAGUGGGAACAACGUGCUGACCAGGAAAAGCUGAUUUUCGACCAGAGGAGGCAGAAAGAAGUGCAGGCAAACAAAAGGCAUAUAGAGGAACAAAUUGAAGAUCACAAAAAGCGAAUGGAGAAGUUGGAGGAUUACAUUAACACAUGCAUUUCAUCUCUUGAUGAAAACCGAAAACAAGAGGAGCAACUCAUAAACGAAAUAGAAUCAGGAAAACUGAGAAUGGCAGAAGUCAAUGAGGAACUGAACGGCAUUGUGGGAGAACUGCAGAACGCACGGAUCGACUUUCACGAAGGGAAGCGUCAGAAGAUGAAAGCGGAAAUUCUAGACAGCAUGAAAAGAAUGUACCCAGAUGCCGUGUUUGGCAGGUUAUUCGAGCUGUGCCACCCAAUUCAUAAGAAGUACCAGAUGGCCAUUACCAAGGUGCUUGGCAGAUAUAUGUACGCCAUUGUUGUGUCUACCGAGAAGGUUGCAAGAGAUUGCAUCAGGUUCCUCAAGGAGGAACGAGCAGAGCCUGAGACCUUUUUGUCCUUGGAUUACUUGAGUGUAAAGCCAAUAAAUGAAAAGCUAAGGGAAAUUAAAGGAUCCAAAAUGAUGAUUGAUGUUAUCCAAACGGCAACCACCUCACUAAAGAAAGUGAUUCAGUUUGUCUGUGGCAACGGGCUGGUGUGUGAAACAGUGAAGGAAGCCAGGCAUAUUGCAUUUGAUGGCCCUGAAAGGAUAAAAACAGUUGCCCUUGAUGGAACAUUGUUUUUAAAGUCAGGCAUCAUUUCUGGAGGAUCGAGCGAUUUACGCUUCAAAGCAAAACGGUGGGAUGAAAAAGAGAUAAACGAAUUGAAAGAGAAAAAAGAUUCACUGAUGAACGAGCUCAGAGAACUUAUGAAAUUAAGGCGAAAGGAGAGUGAUUUAAAGCAGCUUGAAGCCCAGUUACAAGGAACACAGACUCGUUUUAAAUAUUCCCAAAGUGAACUGGAUGUGAUUAAAAAGAAACAACUUGCCAGCUCCUUAAUGGAAAAAUCAAGGCUUGAAAGUGAGUUGGCAAACUGUGAAUCACAGCUCACGAUGCUGAGAGAGGAGCUCGAUACCCGAACAGUGAAAAUCGAAGAUCUUCAGGAACAAAUGAAUAAGGUCGAGGAUGGAGUGUUCAGAGAAUUUUGUGAGGAGAUUGGAGUGUCUAACAUUCGUCAGUAUGAGGAGGAACACGUCAAGCAACAGCAGGAAACUGACAAAAAAAGACUGGAGUUUGAAAAUCAGAAAACCCGCUUAGGAAUCCAGCUUGAAUACAGCCGCGGACAACUUGAAAAGGAAGUGAGGAAUAUGAAGAAGUUACAAGAGGCUGUGUCUGCAGAAGAAGAAAUAAUUGUCAAGCUAAAAGAGGAGGAAGCAAAAGUCUUAGCUGUGGUAGAUGAGACUUUGAGAGAACAGAAACAAUUAAAGAAUGUGCUCAUUCUUAAGAAAGCUGAACUCGCAGAUGCACAGAAGCUGGUGGAUGAAACACGAAAGGAACUCUUAAAUCUAAACAGGGAGAUUGGAAGGAGACAGAAGGAAUCUAUGGCAAUUGAAAGCUUACUGGAGCAGAAAAAACUGGAAAGACACAACUUACUUCUGGACUGCAAAGUACAGAACAUUGGAGUCACCCUCCUCGCAGGCUCGCUGGAUGAUAUCACUGAGAUCGAGCUGGAAACAGAAGGUACACAAGAAACCGCAGAUAUCUACGAAAGAGAAGCAAACAUUCUCAUAGACUACAGCGAGCUUCCUGACGAUCUAAAGAACUUAACAGCUGACAAGGACAUAGCUGCUGAACUCAUGAAACUGCGUCAGGAAACCAUUACACAGGAAAGUACUUUACUCAAAACGUCUGCACCCAACUUAAAAGCUCUCGAAAAACUAAAUAACGUCAGGGAAAAGUUUCAAGAAACUGCAGAUGCUUUUGAGGCCAGCAGAAUGAAAGCAAGGCUUUGUAGGCAUGAAUUUGAGCAGGUGAAACAGAGGCGAUAUGAGCUUUUUAACAAGUGUUUUGAGCAUGUUUCUAUAGCUAUCGACCAAAUCUACAAGCAGCUCUGCAGGAAUUCCAGCGCUCAGGCCUUUCUAAGUCCUGAGAAUCCAGAGGAGCCGUAUCUGGAGGGAAUCGGCUAUAACUGUGUAGCUCCUGGCAAACGCUUUAUGCCCAUGGACAAUUUAUCCGGCGGGGAGAAGUCGGUGGCCGCCUUGGCCCUGGUGUUUGCUAUUCACAGCUUUCGUCCAGCCCCGUUCUUCAUUUUAGAUGAGGUUGAUGCUGCUUUGGAUAACACCAAUAUUGGGAAAGUGACCAGUUAUAUCAGAGAGCAGUCCCGGCAGCACCUGCAAAUGGUGGUGAUUUCUCUGAAGGAAGAGUUUUAUUCCACAGCCGACGCGUUAAUCGGAGUCUCCACGGAGCAAGACGAAUACGUUUACAGCAUUGUUCUGACUCUGGAUCUCACCAUGUACGCGGAAGAGGAUGAAAGCGACGGAAAGGAGUACUUUUCUGUACCUCCGUUCCAAAGUGGUAUCUGACCCAUAUAAAUGUUAUGUAGUUACAUGGUUGGUAUAUGAUUGGUGAUGCAGUUAUAGCACUUAUAUAAGAGCGUCACAUGUUUUGUGGCUUGGCAUUUUUCAACGUUUGAAAUAAGUUUGUGUUAAUAAUUUGAAUCGGAUCUAUGAAGCGAAUAACUAUUAAUUAAUGCAGUUACAUGGAUUUAACAGCUUUGUCGUCAUAAACAAACACGGUGUUAUAUGCGUUCUGAAAUUAAAGAGCAUUAAGGAAAUGGU